UUGUAAUAUGUAUCUCCACGAAUUAGUGAAAUCGACUCUCUCCUUCCCCUCGACUAGCUAACACAAAUUGUGUUAGUGAAUCAUAUAAAUUCGUGUGUCGUGUUUCGGUUAUUGCUUUCGUUUUCUUGCUUUGUCGAUCCUCCGAUUUCUCGAAUCCGUAGAAAACAGUCGUGAUACCCACAUUUUUCGAGUUUGUGAUAAUAAUAACUACUUUUGGAGAAUGCACCAAAUAAUCUUAUUUUCGGAUGAUUGUAGGAUAAAUCUAGCCAUUUCCAUUACAACAUUUAAUGGUGUUAGAUAUUUCGUCAGUUAGUUUAACAAUAUGCUGAUUAGGAUACCUUGCUAACUAAAUAAAGCAUAGCUCAUAUUAGGUUGCAAAUGAGCUUAGCCGAGUUGAAUUUUGACCUACUUCAUUUUCAAUUCGUGAAAUAUUGACUCGUAUUUAACCUCAAGAGUUUUAAUCGAGUUCCACCCAUCGAUGAGCUCAUAUAUCUUAUUCUUUGAUUCAAACAUUUCAAUUCUUCAUAUGUUAUUCAAUAUAAACUUGUAUUUAGGCAAUUUGUGAUAUAUAGUUUGUAUUUUAAAUUAUAAUUUGAGACAUAUUCUCUUAUGAGAGUUUUGAGCAUUGGUAGCUCUAUCCUCUAUGUAUUAUGACAAACAUAUGAAUAGUCAACAAGUCAACUCAUAAACUAUAGAUUGACUAGCUGAUUAGUUGAUAGUCAAAUUGGCUUGCUAGUCACGCUACAAGCAACUCAUUAUUUCAAAACGAGCUCGCUCACGAGCUGAAAUCAACACGCCACAAGUCGAGCUAACUCGCAUGCCUUGCAAGCUGAAUAAAGUAUAGUUCCAGCUCGAUAUAUUGACUAACCAACCAAGUGUCAAACAGACGUUUAUCACAUGUUUUGCCAUACCUCGUAUAUAAUUUGAUUUCUCCCAAAUCAAAUAUUUAAAUUUGAUUUCUAUAAAAAAAUGUUUAAAUUUGAUUAAUUGAUUAUCAAAUUUUAAUUUUUAGCAGGAGUAGUCUUUUUGAAAGCACUCCAUACAAUUUUUAGAUAAACGAGAGCGAGCAAUCAAUUUAUUCCCGCCACUUCCAGAGUUCGAUUUCGUCAGACCUGGAAAAGCAUUUCCGAGCAUCCCUUCCACAGCCAGCAAUGGAGGCGAGCGAGAGGAAGAAGAAUCGAUGGAGCGUCACUUACACGAAGCACGUCAAGCAGAAGAGGAAAGUUUAUCAAGACGGUUUCUUAGAUCACUUCAUCAUCACCAACAAGGUCAUGCUGUUCGACGAGUUCGAGAAGCUACUGGAAUGCAGGGUGCUGAAGGACGAAGAAGUCGUUAGCUGCGGCGAGUCGCUGACUUUCAAUUCAUAUCUCGUCGACGUUGGUGAUCCGGAAGGUCAUAGUAUGCCGGCUCCGGAGAGAGAUAAGAAGAUGCCGCAGCGUGGGCCUAGUGUCGGGACUCGGCAGAAAUUCAGAUCUCCGUCUAUCAAUUAUGGUAAAGAGAAUAUUGUUGAGAAGAACAAAAUCCUUAGGAAUGACUUAAGUCCAUCGCAGAAGAUUAUUAGAGAGUUCAAGAAGAAUGAGCUGCAGAAGUAUGAGGCACCAAAGAGUGGUAAAGAUACGGAUAAACUUGGCGCUGCAGAGUGGCAGGUCUUGUAUACUACUCAAGUGACUAAAAAGGCCAAGACGUACCAUGAUGGCUUCUUGCGGGUUGCUAACUGUGGAUACUUUCAGAAGCAGGUUAUGCUAUAUGACGUGAGCAGGAAUUUGUUGACUAGCAGAUUUCUAAAGAAAGAUGAAGCAGUAGCAUCAGGUAGAUCCAUCUCAAUGGAUGGUCACCUAAUUGAAAUUGGAGAGGCUGAGAAAGAUCGUUCGCAUUCAGUGGAUAUACAUGACGGACAAGGGGACGACUACUAUGUUAAUGGGAAGAUCAAAGUGUUGCCUGGACGACAGAGUUGUUCUAAAAGCUGCCCCAUUGUCAUAGAAGAUAUUGAAGCAAGUGAUCCGCACAAGCCUGAACAGGUUUUGACUGGUGGAAAUAUAACAACUCAUACUAAAACAGAGUGGCAAGUUAUGUACACAUCACAAAUGACUCAGAAGGCCAAAAAGUAUCAUGAUGGUUUUCUGAAACUUGAAAAUCAUGGGAACUUUGGGAGGCAGAUCAAGCUGUAUGAUGUAAGCUGGAACAUUCUCAGUAGUAGGCACCUCAAGAAAGAUGAAAGAAUAUGCUCUGGAGAAUCAAUAUCAUUUGGUGGCUAUUUAGUUGAUGUUGGAGAACUUGAAGCAGACAAUCAAGUUCUACCAGGUGUAAACAAUGAAAAUUGUCCCAAAGAAAUUCGCAAGCCAGAUAGAGUAAAUCAUGCUUCACUUGGAUCCUACAAAUCUACACUAAAAGGGGGAUCACAUGGUAAUGAUCUGCCAAGACAAGAUUGCAGUAGUCCUUCUAAAUCAGGGAGGACCAAGUUUGUUGACAUUGUUCCCACAAAACAACCUCUACGUGAUGCUUGGCAGAUCUUGUCUGUUCUUAAGAAACCACUCCAGAAGAGUGCUGCUGCAGAAUGCAUCAACCACGAUCAAAUUGCUCGGGUUUCCUCCAUUGAGGCGCUUCAAGCCUCCACUGCUGGAGACUCAGUGUUAUUCCCAGUUCAUGGAACAAGUGAAAAUCUGGCAAACAAGGAUUUAAGCAAGAUAACUAAUGAUUUUGAAGGCAGAAAACAAAAUACCAGCAGAUAUAGUCGGAUCCCUGGUGACGCUGAAGCUGACCAUAGUAGCCAGCAUAAUCUAGACAAUAUGGAAACACGCACCAAAUGCCGGGGUGAAGGUUUGGGUUCACAUACUACAAGUUCUGCAACGACCUUUACCAGAGAAGACCCAAGGAGUGAUGGUGGAAGCAGUAGUUCUGAGCAGCGCAACAGAAUCAUUGAGGAGUUGCCUAGUUUUGAUCUCGGAUUUUGAGAAUUGAACUUUGGGUCUCUUUUUCUUGAUAUAUAAGCUGUAAAUUUCAUUUACAUACUUGUGGCAGAAAUUUGUGGGCAUGGCCACGCCCAUAAUGGCUAAACUUGAGACUAGAAGCUGAAGCAUUA